AUGACUAUUACCUUCCUAGCCUGGCUAACAAGUUCAGGGGACGACUACGUCAACUUCGACUGCUCCAAACUCGAGGGCUACGAGACUGCAAAGAAGAAAGUGGAGACUGAGCCCGAGUGGAAGGGGAAAACGAUUGAAGACGUCUGCAAAUCGAACUUUCUGGGAUACCUGAACGGCCUCCAUUUUGCAGCACCAACCGCGUACUGUACCGACAUGGGUCUCGCAAAAGAUGACAGGACACCAUUGCUACAGUACUCGGAUACGACAUACAACUACGACUCUAUCAUGCACUACCCCUCUCAAGCGUUCGCUGCAAAUCAGCGAGGUGCCGUCAACGAGCUACCCCUUGUACGCUGGAAGAAUGGACGUCCCAGUGACGGUUCGGGGCCGAACGAUAAGAAUGCACAAUACAUUCCAACUUGGACGGUGAUUUCGGAUGGAGAUAAGAGGGGCGUUCAGCAGUAUUAUCCGUACGUGGGACCUACAGAGAAUGAACAGGAUCAAGGUGUACAGGAUGUAGGAGUAUGGGGUUAG